AUGCAUUCGGUUCUGGUCGAAACAGUAUCUCCAUUACCGAACCCUACGAACCUACUCAUCAUGGAACCUUUAGGCGCAUCUGGCGCAGGCGCAGACAAGAAGCGCAACAAACUUGGAUAUCAUCGGACGUCAGUGGCAUGUGUGCACUGCCGUCGACGCAAGAUCCGAUGUCUAGUAGCAGCAGACGACAGUCAGGGACGUUGCGAGAACUGUAUCCGACUCAGAAAGGAAUGCCAAUUCUACCCCGUAGACCAACAGCCGCAACCAGAUCGCAAGUCUUCUAGACCGGGAGGAAUAACACUGGAGACCCCUUCAUCAUCUGCGGACCCUUCAAUAGCUUCAUCUUCUCCACCACCAUUAGGAGGCGCCAUGGAUCCUACCGAUAUUUACCAGUACCAGCAGCUCUCUUUGCAUUCGACGGCGACGACACCGGAAAUGACGGCGUCCGGUUUUCAUCCUUCAGCUGGGUUUUCUUCCGUUGCUUCAAUGGGUGGGUUUGCGACUGGUCCUACUUCACCAGUAGACGGAGUUGCUCAUCCAGAACUUGUACCUGGCCAAACAAUCGAUCCGAAUGCCACAUAUAACAUGGGACACGCAUCACCUGUAAUGUGGACACAAGGCCAAAUGUUAACAGCAUUACCACCAGGAGUAGCACCUCAUCCUCAACACAUCUCCACCGGAAUACCCUCUCACCCACAAAUGCUAAGUCCUGCUGCCGCUGCACCGUAUACAGUCCGACCCGACGGAUCGAUAUGGCCAACACCACCUCCACGCGCCAUAACCACAAUCCCCUCUCAACCAGAAAUGUAUCACCCUCACCCUCACCACCACACCAUCUUUGCUAGUUCACCGGUUCCACAACCAGAACUAAAACGAAGCAUGACCAGUCCCGCUCCUGGUCGAAGUCACCAUCAACCUUCUCCGUUACAUAGUCCCCCAUCCACACAGAUACAGAUUAAUUACUCGGGUCAACCAAUUCCAUACCAACAUCAUCAUCCUCCUCCUCCUCCGCCUGCUGGUGGUGGACAGUCUCAACCUUAUCCUCCGCAAUGGAAUCCGGGUAUGAAUGCUAUACCAAUGGGAGACGGUACUUAUACGACCCUAUAUGCAACUCCUGAACAUUUCCAGAUGUCUGGUCAACAACAUCCACCCACAGGGCCAUGA